AUAUCAUCGUACAAGGGCAGCAGCGAGACUGCGCUGUUAAAAGGCACUGCUACUGGGAAAAAUGGUGUUCGCGAGAAGGUCGGCGAGAUUGUUGUGCCUGUCAUGUGCACUGGCUGAGGCGUCGAGUUUCGUGUACUCCUUCCCCAAAGUACAUCAGCUGCGGCGGCAACAACAACGUAGUCAGCAGCAACACCAACACCAGCUAGGGGCGAUGGGGAGCCAACGAGGGUCGGCUGCCACGUCGUCGAGGGGUUCGAGAGCCUUGGGAAUGGCCCUGGAUGACUUCGUGCUGGAGCAGCUGUCGGGGAUAGACCGGACAUUCAACGAGCUGACUGAACGCUUGGGCGACCCGGACGUGCUCGCGAACCCCAAGCUGAUCAUGGAGGUUUCUCAGGAGCGGGCCAGCGUAGAAGAGAUCGUGAACUGCUACGCCGAGUACACCAAGGCAGCGGAAGAUCUCGAAGGAGCGAAGGAAAUGUUUACGGAGUCGUCCGGUGCAGGGGGCGACGCAGAGAUGAAGGAGAUGGCGAGGGAGGAGAUCCGCGAUCUGGAGGAGGUGAUGGAGGCACUCGAGACCAAGAUGAAGCUCCUCCUCCUGCCCACGGACCCAAACGACGACCGUAACGUCAUGCUCGAGAUCCGCGCCGGCACGGGCGGCGACGAGGCGGCUCUGUGGGCGGCGGAACUUCUGGGAGUCUACAAGAAGUACGCGCUCGAACAGGGGUGGAGCCUUAAGGUCAUCGAGAGCGCCAUGGUCGAGGCGGGGGGUUUCCGCACCGUGAUCGCGGAGGUGAAUGGGGACAAGGUCUACAGCAAGCUUAAGUACGAGGCGGGGGUCCACCGCGUACAGCGAGUGCCGGCUACCGAGACCCAGGGGCGGGUACACACCAGCACGGCUACGGUGGCGAUCAUGCCCGAGGUGGACGAGGUGGCCGUCAACAUCCGGCCCGAGGACAUCGAGAUCAAGACGGCCCGCUCGGGGGGAUCGGGCGGGCAGAACGUCAACAAGGUCGAGUCCGCCGUGGAUCUCUUCCACAAGCCGACGGGGAUCCGCAUCUUCUGCACGCAAGAGCGGAGCCAGCUUAAGAACAGGGAGGUUGCGAUGAAGCUGCUACGCUCAAGGGUGUACGACAUCGAGCUCGAGAAGCAACAGGCGGAGACCUCGGGGAACCGCAAGGCUCAGGUGGGAUCCGGAUCGCGAUCCGAGAAGAUCAGGACGUACAACUGGAAGGACAGCCGGUGCUCCGACCACCGAAUAGGGAAGAACUUCCCGCUCAACAACUUCCUGUCGGGCAGCGGCCUGGACGACAUGAUUGGGGCCUGCAUCCUUCUUGACCAGCAGGAGCUCAUGGCCGAGCUCGCGGCGAAGCAGCGGCAGGGCCAAGAAGGCGGCGUAGCCAGCAGAUAG